AUGCGGCAAUCUACAUGUUUUAAUUGUGUUAAUAAUAAAUUGGAUGAAUGUUUAAUUAAUAAGCCUGACAAAUAUUUGAAUAAUGAGUCUGACGAACUUUUAGAUAAUGAGUCUAACAAACUUUUAAAUAAUGAACAAUUAGGUAAUAAGUCUGACAAACAUUUAGAUAAUGAGCCUGAUGAAUAUUUAAAUGAUAAGUUUGAUGAACAAUUAGAUAAUAGAUUUGAUAAACAGGAACUUUAUAAAGGACAAAUUUUUAAGACUAUUAAAGAAGCAUAUGCAGUAGUUACUUAA